AUGUCUAAACCGAGAGAUUACAGCAGCCAGUCCUACUCCCCCGGCAGCACGGGACCGGCCAAAAGCUACCCGACCAACAACAAGAUCGACCCGUCCGGCAAAUCCAGGGAGAAGGACGACAUGGUGGGACUCAACGACAAGUUCGUCAAGUUGAUUGACAAGAUGAAACACCUGGAGGACGAGAACAAAAAGCUGGACACAAAGCUGAAGAUCCUGAAGGAGCAGGAGGACUACGAGGGGAAGAUCGACGACAUCGUGAAGCAGCUGGAGGACGAGAUGCAGCAGCAGAUCGAGAGUUUGCUCCAGGACCAAGACAAGCUGCAGGCUGAGCUGCAGAAGAACCAGGAGGAGGUGGACGACACCAGGAAGAGAUAUGAGGAUGAGAUGAUCAAAAAGGCGGAUCUGGAGAAUGACUUCAUUGUCAAGAAAAGGGAUGUAGAUGACGGUCACCUGGGAGCAGUAGAUCUGGCUCUGGAGCUGGAGGACCUGAUGGGGAAACUGGACUUCCUCAGGGUCGGCUACGAUGAGGAGCUGAAGGAGCUGGAGUCGCAGGUCCAGAACCAGACGGUGGUCUUACGCGAGGACAGCAAGCGCUCUCUGGACAUGGACGAGGUCAUCGAGAGCGUUAAGAACCAGUAUGCAAACUUAGCCGCCCGCUCCAGAGACGAGGUCGAGCAGUGGAACCAGAAAAAGAUGGACGCCCUGGUCUUAAAUGUGGGACAGCGUGAGCAGGAAGUGCGUGACUUAAGAAGGGAGAUCUCGGACACGGUGCGCCUCAUCCAGAGGCUCAACGGGGACCUGGACGCCCUCACAAGAAAGGAAGAGUCCCUGACGAAGGACAUCAUUGACGUGAGGGAGGAAGGUGAGGACAGCCAGAGGAAGGCUCGAGGCGACGUGGUCCAGCUGGAGGAGGCCCUGAGGCGCGCCAAGCAGGACCUGGCCGGACAGAUCCGCGAACACCAGGAGCUGAUGAGCCUCAAGCUGGCCCUCGACAUCGAGAUCGCCACCUACCGGAAGCUGCUGGAGGGCGAGGAGCAGAGGAUGAACGACCUCAUGCGCAACUCAGACGUUCUCCUGCCAUUGAAGAAGCCACACCGACCAAAGAAGCCAGCAGCUCCAGAUCCAGAUCCUGCCCUCGUCCCGGCAGAUAUCGUAACUCCGCCAGUGGACACCAACUCCAAGAAACGCCUGCUGAUCCGGGUGGAGGUGGAGGCGGGCAGAGUCGUGUCCGAAAGCUCCCAUUACACUGAAGAUUGACCAGCACUGUGUUAGAUCGCUUAAACAUUACAGUAUAUCUGCAAAAAUGUGAAUUAAUAAGUUAAAUUAAUUAUUUCUUCAAGAAUCACCAGCUUUUCUUUAACUGCAACCAUCUUUAACCAUUCAUUUUGUAAUACAGUCUGAAAAAUAGCUUCUUGGCAGCUUGAACGUUUUUUUUCUGUAGAAUUCGUGCUUGAGAUGUUUUGUUUAUGUCAAACAUUGUUUUUAAAAAGGGUUUCUUAUCUUUGUUUGCCUUUGCAAAGCCUGAUGUUCCUGGCACCAUCCCUGUAGUUUUCCAGCUUUCUUGCAGUUGUUUCUGUUCUUGAGCUAAAUAACAUGUUUGAUCUCUAACAGUGGUUUCUUAGAGAAGUGAAAAAUAAAAUGAGGAACUUGUGGCAUUGUGCAGGUGGCUAAAAGAGUGUCUCGUUAAUAUCAGGAAGGAUAUUUCCUCACAUGCAUCUGCAGCUUUAUACCUAAAAAUAAUUAGAAGGAAAUAAGAAAGUUCUACAGAGUUUACUGUGAGUGACAGCUAUUUGCAAUGGAAUUCAAUGAAUAAAUAAACCAACAAAAACUAUACAUCUGCCUUUGUUUUGUUUCACAUAAAGUCUCUGAAAGACAGACGUGUUAGGAAAAAGGCUUUAUUAUUAUUCUUGCAGUGAAUAUGAAUCUACAGCUAACCUAG